AUGGGUGGUGGUGAUGGAUAUCGCGCCGUGGCGUAUUUUGUUAAUUGGGCAAUUUACGGCCGCAAACACUUUCCCCAGGAACUUCCUGCCGAAAAAUUAACUCACGUCCUCUAUGCUUUCGCCAAUGUUCGCCCGGAAUCCGGCGAGGUGUACAUGACUGACGGCUGGGCCGAUACCGAUAUUCAUUUCGAAGGAGAUUCCUGGAAUGACGUCGGCACUAAUUUAUAUGGCUGCUUGAAGCAACUCAAUAUCCUCAAAUCUCGAAAUCGCUCCUUGAAGAUUCUGCUCAGUAUUGGUGGCUGGACCUAUUCAUCUAAUUUUGCUCAACCAGCUUCUACAGAGAGUGGAAGGAGAAGAUUUGCCGAGAGCGCGGUGGAUUUGAUUAGGAAUUUGGGGUUUGACGGGAUUGAUAUCGAUUGGGAAUAUCCUAAAAACACCGAUGAAGCACGGGAUUACGUUCUUCUCUUGAGAGAAUGUAGGGAAGCCAUGGAUCGCUAUUCCAGCACUCUAUCUAACUUUCACCACUUCGAACUCACUGUAGCUUGCCCCGCCGGUCCUCAAAAUUACAAUAACAUGGAUGUUCGCAGCAUGAACGAAUAUAUUGAUUUCUGGAACCUAAUGGCUUACGACUAUGCGGGAUCAUGGGAUAGCGUUGCAGGACACCAGGCAAAUCUACAUCCUAGUGAAAGUAAUCCAGAUUCCACGCCAUUUAACACGGAACAUGCGGUGAGAGCUUACGAAGCGAGAGGAGUACAGGGACAUAAAAUUGUACUUGGGAUGCCGAUUUAUGGGAGGGCGUUUCAAGGAACGGAGGGUCUAGGAAAACCGUUUAAUGGGGUCGGAGAGGGCACUUGGGAAAAUGGUGUGCAUGAUUUUAAGAAGUUACCUCAGGAGGGAGCAGAAGAAAUUGUGGAUGAGGAGACUUGUGCUAGUUAUUCAUACAAUGAAGACACAAAAACUCUCAUAACCUACGACACGGUAGAAAUCGCUCGUAGAAAAGCUUAUUAUAUCAAGGAAAGAGGUCUCGGUGGCGCCAUGUGGUGGGAAUCAUCAGCCGAUCAUCCCGAGCGUGAAAAAUCUUUAAUCCAUAACGUGGUUGAUGUCUUGGGGAUACUAGAGGGAAGUGAUAAUUGUCUCGAGUACCCGGAGAGUAAAUAUGAUAAUUUGAGGAAUGGGUUUUAG